UACCCACUUCCCCAAGUCAGGCCAGAGCUUUUUUGUGAAAUUCUGCAGAUAUCCAAGUGCCCUCUCCAAAUAGCAGACUUUCCGGCAAGGCAUUUCAACACACAGCGGCCUGCAGCUGGGAGUCAUCCACAACCAACAACCUUCCCUCCCUGAGGAUCAACACCUCCCCCUGCCAUCCUAAGGCAAGGCCUUAACCUAAGGACUUGUAACAACCUAGCCAAAGCCCAGAGAUGGAAGCAGACGAGGUCACAGAAGAGCCUCAUACCACCGUGGAUGCAGAGGAGCACCCCUCUUCAAAGGACCCAUCUUCUGAGGACUUACAGGAGAACCAUAUCUCUGAAAGCUUCUUGGAGCCUUCCACCUCUAAGACCCCCUUAGAGCCCCAUAUCUCUGAAUCCUCUUUGGUGCCAACCCCUUCCCAGACCCCUUUAGUGGCCCAUUCCUCUGAAACCCAUCAGGAGCCUUCCAUCUUUGAGACCCUUUCAGAGAUCCCUACCUAUGAGGCUUCAUUGGAUAGUCCCAUCUCAGUGGUGCCAAAGAAACACCUAACUCUUCCUCCCCAAUCAGUAGAAUAUGUCUCUCUGCUUUCCUCUGAAACUUUGAAGGAAGACCUCUCCUCUGAGUCUUCUUCCAAUGAGGUCCCAUGGACAAGGAGGUCUACCCAUCUCUCUGAAUCUGAGAGCCUUCCAGAGCACUCCCUUUCAGGCCCUUCAGCCCAGGUCCAAAUGGACGCAUCUGAAAAGCAGAAGGAAGAACCAGGAGAGACUGAAAAGGGGGUAGAUGCCAGUGGCAGCACUGCUCACACAGCCCAGUCUGGACACCAGCUGGACAAGAAGAAGGAGAAGAAAGGAGUUAGCCGUUACACAGCCCACCCAGUGGUCCCUGCUAAGCAGGCAGAGCUGGUGGAAGUGGCUAAGGCAAUGCACAAAGAGAAGUUCGGUGCUCAGGUGAACAAUCUUUUCCAAUGGGAGAAAGAUGCAGCCCUGAAUGCCAUCCAGACAGGUCUCUACAUUGGCUGGCGCUGCCCCCAUUACCUAUGGGACUGUUUCCGGAUUGGGAGUGAGUCCAGAUGCUUUUGUGGACACUUGUUGAAAGAGCACCAGAUCAUCUCAGAGAUAUCAGUGCCCUGCAAGGUGAGCCAGUGCCGCUGCCUCAUGUUCUGCUUUAUCCCAUCACGCCCAGAGGAGGUGGGUGAGUUCUGGCUCAUGAGACGGGCCACCUUUGACCCCAAGGCCUGGAGGGCCCAAUGUCGCUGCAAACAUAGCCAUGAAGAACAUGCAGCCAGGGGGCCCCAUCCCUGCAGGCAUCAUGGCUGUUGCUGCAGCUGUUUUGAGUCUAAUUUCCUCUGUGCCGCCUGUAACCAGUGCUGGGAGAAACAUGAGACUUUCUUUGAGACUCAGAAGACCCGGCAACAAGGAGGGAGGCCUUACGGGACAGACACUGUCAGCAACUGGCGCAGGCCUUUGUGAGUCUGGCCCAGAUCAGCAAUAAAAGAGGAGUCACUGGAACCUGACUUGGUGCUAUAUGGGGCAGACAGAUCCCAGCCCAGGGAGAGACUGCCUAAUAACUUAGAGUGAACCCUUCUUAGGCACAGUAGAGAACCUGGAUCCUGCCAUCUGCCUCCAUCACACCCACAUUCAAGCUGCCUGCUCUGAUAUCAGAAGGAAAGUGGCUUCAAGAAAGCCAAGAAGGAAGAAAGUCUCAAGAAGGAUAGAGUGGGAAGUGAUGUUAGAUACAGUUGGGGCACCAAUAAGAUAAAGACUGAAAAGCAUCCUUUGGGUUUUGUAAUUAGAAAAUCUUUGGGAACUUCAGACAGUGCAGUUUCACACUGGCACAGUGGAGGCAGGAGUCAAAUAGCAGUGAGUUUCAAGGAGUCUCUUAAAGAAGUUUGGGUGAAAAGUGCAAAAGAAAAGUCAGACAAUAUCCAGAGGGAGUUGUGGAAUCAAGGAAGCACUUUUGUGGGAAGGAAAAGGGAAAGAGGCCAGUGGACAAUGGGACCUUGAAUGACCCAGAAGAGAGGAGAGAUGCCUGGUGAGACAGGAUCCCAGAGAUGAAGGAAGGGGAUGAGGUCAAGACAGAGGUGAAGGGAUUUGCUCUGAACAGGAGAAACACCACUUCCUAUCACCAAGAGGAAUGAAGAGGAUGGAGCCUUCCUGGAGUUUCAGGGAACAGGAACCUGUAGAACUUCCCCUUUGAUGGCUUCUAUAUGCCCUGUGAAGUAGGAGAUAAGACCAGCCAUUGGUCCAGGGGGAGAGGGAUAAGAGUGGGUAGGAAGACAAGAAAAGGGAAGGAGACAAGAAAAGGGAAGGUUUGGGAAGGCUAAUGUGGGGAACUGGAGAAAAAUCUGAUCAGUGGGUUGUUUAGGAUUCAGGCACAGUUGGAAGUGAGAACAUAGUUAGAGGAGCAGAGAAGCCAAAUAUUUAGUGGGUUGGUGAUGGGAGGAUGAUCAGGAAAAUGAAGCAAAAGAAGGUAUGAGGAUGAGAAAGGAGCAUACGGUACCAAUAGGGAAAGAAAGUGAUGCCAGGAAGCAAAUGACAGAUUGGAAAAGGGAGCAAUCAAAGAAAGAGAAGUCUGUAAUGAGGUCCAGUAGCUGAUGUAGAGGCAAGGGUUGAAGUACAGGAGACAUUGUUCAGAGGCUGCAGAGCAUAACAUCUUUCAGAUGAGGGCAACUAUAGGUGAUGAUGAGUGCUUGUAGUAGAGAAGACUGUGGGCCAGGGAUCAAAAUCAGUGAAUGUGGGAAGUGACUAGGAAGUCCAUAGAUUUUUCUGGGAGUAGGAGAUUCGAACACUAACAGGCUCUGUGACCCCAGGCAAGUCACUGUCCCUCUUUAGGCUGAGUUUCUGGAUCUGUAAAACAGGAAUAACCUCUGUGUUGCCUGCUUGCUAUGAGAACCAAAGAAACAACUAAUUUCAAAGUGCUUUGUAUCCACCUACCCUCCAGACUGGCUUCCUUCCUCUUCCUAGAUCCCAGAUCCACUUAUCCUUUUCCCUUCUCCAGGGCAACUCUAGGGUCUCCCAGUGUCCCAGAGGCACCACAGAGAACUGCAACCUCUGGGGCCCAAAGAGGCCAUUCUAUACUUCCUCACAGCUGGGGCGCCAUCUGUCCCUCCAAGGGAAGAAAUGCAAUCUGGACUCCUAGGAUCCAUGGGAAAUAUCACGGAAUCAAAUGUCUGCCCUUUCCAGGAGAAAGGACUUUUUAACAAUAAUAUAGCUUACAAAAGAGAUUGUACUAUCUCUAGAAGCAAAGAGUUCCCUGACAGUGGUUAUAUGCACCAUGACAACCAUUCACCUAAAACUAAUUCAACUAAUAGUCAACAAUAGAGUUAGAAUUACUAUGAUAAACUCAUUGAAGGAAAUAAUAUGCAGCCAAUGCAAAGUAUAUUUACAUAGACUAUGUAAAAGUAAAAAAUUGAUUACAUAUAGGUGAAUAUCAUAUGCAAUACAUAUUAUUACAUAUUAUGAAAAAAAUGACAGGAAACACCAAAUAUUAUUCAUUCAACAAUUACUGAGCACCUAUAUGUAUCAGGCCAUGUGUUAAAAAAAGAAACAACAAAGAAACAGUGGUAACUAGUCCUCUGUGAUGUUAGACUAAAACUUUCCUAGUGUCAAUAUUAGCAUUUUGUGACCCCAUGUUUCUUAUGUCAAAAAUAUAUUACUCCAGACCAGGCGCGGUGGCUCAAGCCUGUAAUCCCAGCACUUUGGGAGGCCCUGGCAGGUGGACCACGAGGUCAAGAGAUCAAGACCAUCCUGGCCAACAUGGUGAAAACCUGUCUCUACUAAAAAAUACAAAAAUUAGCUGGGUGUGGUGGAGCACGCCUGUAGUCCCAACUACCCAGGAGGCUGAAGCAGGAGAAUCGCUUUAACCCGGGAGGCAGAAGUUGCAGUGAGCUGAGAUCGCACCACUGCACUCCAGCCUGACAACAGAGCAAGACUCGGUCUCAAAAAAAAAAAAAAAAAAAAAAAAAUACACACACACACA